AUGUCGAGUUUCCAGCCAGUCAACCCAAAACCGUUUCUGCAGCUGCAAACGGGCAAGCCGGUGUUGGUGCGGCUGAAGUGGGGCAUGGAGUACAAGGGCUUCCUGGUGAGCACGGACAGCUACAUGAACCUCCAACUCGCCAACACCGAAGAGUUCCAAGACGGCAAGUCCAACGGCAUGCUCGGCGAGGUCUUUAUCCGUUGCAACAACGUGCUCUACCUGCGAGAACUUACGGACGAAUCUACAUGA